AUGGUUAUCUUCACAUGUCUUGAAGGGAGAGGGCGCCUGAGGAGAGAGACCGAGCUCGCCCCUUUGCAGGCCACUGGGCCUCCUACCCCAUGUUCUUGUCUCCCAGCCCGGGGCUUUGUUCAAGGAGCCGGCCGCGACUCAGUCUGUCCUACAGUAUCGAGUGACAACACAUUUUUUGCUUGUAUCACAACACGCUUUGCAGGCGAUUCUCAUUUGGUGGACUCAACUUUACCGGUGUCCUCCAAGUCUCAAAAAGCGCGUCGUCGCCAGCCAGGCCCGGGAACAAGCGGGAGCCCGAGAAAGGAGGCAGUAGUCCCAACCCGGGGGUCUGCAGCAGAGGCCACUGUCGGAGCGGGUGGACCCGGCCUGUGGGCCUUAGGGAACCCGGGGGCCGGAGGGCUGAGCUGGGGGCGGGGGGGACGUGCUGAUUGGCUGAGAUCCGGCGAGGGCGGGUCCUCUGACGAGCGAGCAGACUCCGAGACAACGGCCGAUUCCCUGCUCUGCGCGCUAGAUGACCCCGCUCGUUUCCUGCGAUUUGCAGUUGAUAAGUAUUAUUCAUUCAGCGUAGUAUUCAUUAUUGAGUCUUUGCCGCAGUCAAGCGGGGAUCAAACUCAGGACCUGGCGCUUGCGAGGCAGGAGCAGAGCCACUGAGCUAAAUCCCCAGCCCCCACAGUGUGUUUUGGAUAAUUUGAAACCUUUUGAUUGGAGAAGGAGAUGAUAUGUUGGAAAUGGAUAGAGAUCUUGGACAGCGCCUGGGUAGAUUACCCAGAUAAUUACUAAGAAAGGAGAAAAAUGCUUGUAUGGCUUUGGUCGGCUGCUUAUGUUGGCUAAGCUGAACUGGUACUGGGAAUGAGUAGGGGCCUUGUCAAAGUCAGCGCUGUGAUCUUCGUUCCAUUCCGCUGAAGGAGGGGAUCCCAGGAGUGCAGCGAGUGGAGGAAAGACCUGGGAUCUCGGUGCCUUCUGAUGGAGUCCUCAGGUGGAGGCAGAGAUUUCUCUGUAUCAGAGUUCACACGGGCGAGAAACCCUAUAAACGCAGCGAGUGUGGGAAGACCAUGAGAUGGAAUUUCUACGGUGGAAAAUUCACACUGGAGAGGCACUUUGAAUACCAGUGUGGAAAAAAUUCUGGUCAGAGCUCUGAGUAUUCACAGUGCCCACCAAUCUAGGCAUUUACUGACUGCAGGAUACUUGAAACUUUGUUUUGAUCUUUCCUCUUCUGUUUUCCCCCUCCUUGGUAAAUUAAUAUUUACUUUAAAAUCAUAGUUGUUAAUGUAUAAUAAUUGUAUAUAUUAAUGGGUCUCACGCUGACAUUUCUAUACUGCAUAUAUUGUACUCUGAUCACGUUCGCACUCCCUUAUCCUGAUGUUUUCUCUUUUUCAAUGUGGUCAUUUUGUUUCCCUGCUUGAGGAUAGGGCUAACUGUUGUUGAGAAGUAUAACAUGUUCUCCUUAUGGUUGCCACUCAAAAGUUAAGCCUAUUUGGUGGCACAUGCCUGGGGAGGCUGAGGAAGGAGGAUUGUCAAUUAAAGCCCAGCGGGCUACAUAGGAAGUCCCAGGGUACCCUGCACUAUAGAUGGAGACCCGGUGUUAGAAAAAAAAAUCAGAUCUUUUCCUUGAUCAUUUGUAUUUCAUGAGCUUUUGUUUACUCUUUGAUCUAUUAUUUUACACAUUAUGUCUAUCUUCUUGGAUAUAGUUUCUUCCCAAAGUGAGUUUUGUCUGUUUUUCGGUACUGUGCUUAAAACCAGGCGUUACUGAGUUCAUCUCCAGCCCUUUAAUUUUAUUUCAAGACAAGGUCUUGCUAAAUUGCCCAGGUUGGGCUCAAAUUUGC